GCUGCACAUCCUCCACCCACAUUGCCGCUUGGGGCGCAUACCGUCGAGUGACAUGGCGGAAAGGGCGGAAGGGCCAUUCGAGGAGGACAUGGCCUGCCCAAGGGACCAUGUUGUGUGGACUUGGGUGACUCCUGGGCGGAUGCUGCCAGGCAAUUUUCGCGGGGCGAGAAGACUGCGCUGCAAGCUCUGCAACAAGGAGUACAAAGGGAACAGGCAGCGUGCAGCAGAGCACUUCAUCCUAGCGAGGGUGUCAGCCAGAUGUCCAGGUGCGAACCUCUCCAUUUGGAAGAGGCUGCACCGCAUCGGUGCAAAGCUUCCACCGGAUCUGCUGGAGAGGGUGCGGAUGACGUUGGAGCACGAAAGGGACGACGACGACGACGACAUUCCUGAUGCGUCAGGUGCUGGAGAGGAGGGGGGAGGUGGGAUUGCUGAUCAGCUAGAGGAAGCAUGUGGUGCGGAGGGUGAGGAGGGAUUGGAUGAGGGGACGAGGGGAGUUGUGACUGGAGGAUCCGCCGGUGGAGGGAGGUUUGCGUCCUCGCAGGCUGUGAUGCAGGGGGCCCGCGCACGCAGAACGGGGAGGCAGACGAGCAUCAAGAGGUAUGUGAAGAACCCAAGGCAGGAGGAGAUAGAUGACUCCUGCUGCGAGUUCUUCACGGAGAACACGAUCCCGUUCAACGCCGCGAAGAGCAGGAGCUUCAAGAAGUUCACGCGGGCGUGUCAUGGGCCACAGCCUGCAGCGAGUCAUCCUCUUGUGCCUACUGGGUACAACCCCCUCGGGUGUCGGCUCCUGGAUCGCCUGAACAAGAGGUUGGAGGAAGAGGAGCAAGUGAUCCGGGACGACUGGGAGGUGACGGGCUGCACGUUCAUAACCGAUGCGACCACAGACAUUUGUGGUCGAUCGCUUAUGAACUACAUCCUCGCAGGCUGGUCGAAGCCUGUUUUCAUCAAGUGCGAGGAUGUCAGUGAGGGGGACAAGGACUCUGCAGUUCUCGUGGCUGGAUGGAAGCGGUUCUUCAGGGAGGUGGGGGUGGAAAAGAUCACGGCCAUCUGCACGGACUCUUUUGCGGGCAACACGAGUAUUGCCAGGAUGUUGAGGGAGGACCCCGAGUUCAGCCAGAUCUAUUGGCUGCCUUGCACCACUCACUGCAUGGAACUCCUCCUGCACGACAUUUGCAAGAAGGAGUGGGCGGCUGAGAUCAUCAGCAAGGCGAACAGAGUGGUGAACUUCUUCCUGGCCCAAAUCGGCAUUGAGAAAUGCACUUGUCAAGUUUCCGGACUUGAAAUGCAGCUGUCUCCUCCGACCGGCGCAGACGAGAUUUGGGACGCACUACGUGAUGUUGAAGCGGCUGGAGGUCUGCGAGAAGGCGAUCAGACACAUUGUCACCGGGCAGGAGACAAUGCGGUGCUGUGGUGGGAGGUGCAUGGGGCGGGGCAUCCGGAGAUUCGUGAGCUGGCCAUCAGAGUGUUGUCGAUAUGGACGACUUCCUCUCCUGCUGAGAGGAACUGGAGCACUUGGGCUCUCGUGCAGACGAAGUGCAGGAACAAGCUGCACCACCAGCGCACCAACAAGUUGGUGUACUCGCACUGGAGCUUGAGGCUGAAGAGCAGGGGGGAAGACGGGCCCACGAUAGCAGGAGGGUGGCUGGGGCUCCCAGCUGAAUGGGAGGACGAGGACCUGGAGGGUGACAUGGCGAAUGUCCCCGAGGCCGUUGACGACCACGAGCCUGCUCUCGGGGGUGCCGGUUCUGCGGUGGGCAGCACCACUGUUCGCCACGAUCGAGCCGGCCCAUCGACAUCGAGGUCCGUGCAGAGAUUGGGGCAUGCAGAGGAGGUCGACGAGGAAGAGGAGGACGAGGACGAGGACGCCGAGGAUGAGGACGAGGAGGAGGAGGAGGAGGAGCACAUUCCAGGUGAGGAGUGGGUGGACGAGAGGUCGGACUCCGACAGGUCUUGGACGAGGAGAGAGGACGCCCCGGUGAUUCCAGGGACGCGAUGUGGAUUGCGAUCCCAGACUCUGCCUCGUGGAGAGGAGCGCCAGCUGGACGAGCAGCAGAGGAGGGAGCAGCAGCGGGAGGAGGAGGAGGAGGAGAAGGAGGAGCAUGGGGAGAAGGGGCGGGGGGGGAGCCGUGUAUGGGAUCCCCUCGCCUAUCGUGCGCAGCGAGGCAGAAGGAGGUCUGCUUCGGGACAUGCGAGAGGAGGCACUACAGGGGCUGCACGAGGCACAGGGCGAGGGAGGUCCGCUACCGGAGCUGCACGAGGCACAGGACGUCGGAGAGGUCGGCCGCGCAAGGACAAACAACCCGUUGCAGCACCGACAACGGAAGAGUCGGAUGACGACUCCAGGGAGAGUGCGCCGCUCCUCGUGGUGGUAAACACAAUGGCGUCCACGAGCAGACGACGUGGACCCGCGGCAUACCCACCCUUCGAGCCUCUUCCUGAUUGGAAACAAGAGGACUUGAAGCGUUCACAUGCGGUUUGGCAGUGGGUGGUUAAAGGUCAGGAGUGGGGUGUGGUGGGGGAUGGAAACUUCCUCAUGCGUUGCUGCCUAUGCGACGAGGUGUUUCCCGGCUCACGAUCGAGGGCAGCGGAGCACUUCACGAAAACGAAGGCGCAUUGCCCUCGACGGACGGUUGAGAUGCUGUGGCGCUUGCAUCGCCACGGAGCACAACUUCGGGACACUAUGUCACGGAGGUUGGCCAAGGAGUAUGCAGAUGCGAUGAGGGAGGAGUUGGCCGUGGAGAAUCUGGUUGGACGUGACACUGCUGCCCCUGCUGAUGCGUCCGCCACCCAGACACGAACCAAUGGAGGAGAGGACGGGAGAGGUGCCACAGGGCCAGAUGGUGGGCAACAAGACUCUCUUGCCAGAGACGGCACGAAUGAUGUUCGUGAGUGUUUGCGAGCGCUCAUCGGUAUGGGGGAUGGAGGUGACAAGAGGGGGGCGCGAGGGACUCCUACUACAUCAACGGCCUCCACGCAGGUCGCACUCCGAGAAAGACAGACAACCUUGGAUCCGUUUUUGGGAAACAAGGUGCAUAAUGAUCUCGAUCGUUUGUUGGGACUUGCAAUGUACCGUGGCGGCGUGCCGUUCAACUGGCUACGGCUAAAGGAGACGCAAAACUAUUGGGACUACAUUGUCAUACUCCUGCGGUCAUCCAUCGUAUCGGCGCCACGCCUGCUCUCGUACGAGGGAGUGAGGACGAGGAUGAUGGAUAUUAUAUACCACGAGGUUGCAGCACUCAUCGCCCCUAAGAAGGCAAAGUGGAAGGACACCGGUUGCACCUUGAUGACUGAUGGUACCACUUACCAGCGCAACAAGCUGAUAAUGAACUUCAUCGCAGCAGGGCAGUCAGGGCCAAUCCUUAUCCGCACCAUCAACAUGUCGGCACGAGAUAAGACAGGUGUGAGUUUGGCAGAGAUAUGGGAGGGGGUGAUACGAGAUGACAUAAGGGUGGAGAAUGUGAACGUCAUCUGCACAGACAACGUGGAGGUUAUGAGGGCGACAGCGAGUAUUCUACAGGACCACCCAGACCCAGCCAUCGCACGUAUCCCUUGGAUCCCUUGCGCGGCGCAUUGCUUGAGCUUGCUGCUUAGAGACAUUGCGGCACAACCAUGGGCCGCUGAAGUGAUGAAGAGAGCGCAUAAGAUUAUCAAGUUCAUGCGGAACAAGAAAAAGGCGCUCCAUAUUCGUCGUUUCUUCCAGUCAUUUUCUCCUGCUGCACGAUAUGAUAUGCUCUUUCGCAAAUUGAAUCUCGUGAGCGAUGAGAGCGAGGACGCCGGGGCCCCCGAGAAUGUAGACGGCGAGGGCGGGACAUUCGAAGAGCAGCAACCGCAACCAGUCGAAUCUUUUGACAGCUCUCGCAAGCUCGCGGCACUUAUUUUCUCCGCCAGGGGCGGCGUCGAUGAGACUUGGGACCUGGGGCCGGAGGUGCAUGGUUUUCCCCGUUGGGACGGGAGAGUAGAGUCUAGGCAGAAGGAAGAGAUGGCGGAUUUGGCGGAGGCCAUGCCACGUGGCCGAGAGGCGAAGGUCGGCGAUGGCCACGUGGAAGUAGCAACUAGGAGCCACAGCAAUGGCGGGAAGGACGACGGGGGAGGAGGAGGAGGAGAAGGAGAAGGAGAGGGAGGCGGAAGUGGGAGACCGACGAGUGUAGUAGGGGUAAUAGAGGGACGAAGAGAGGAAAAAACUGUAACGAAGGGUGAUGGUGGGAAAAUCGAUGGCGGGAAGGGAAAAGGAAAUGAGGAUGAUUUUGGCGCCAAGUGCGCGCGGGCGAGCCGCUCUCUGAAGUCCGACGACGGCGAUAGGAAAAACGUGUAUGAUGGGUCUGGCGGCGAUGCCGCGGGAAAAGCUAUGGACAAAGACGUUCCAUGUGCUGUUGGCUAUGGCGGCGACAGACCGCCAUCGCCGUCGCCAUCGCCAUCGCCAUCGCCAUUAAUGUCGAGUGCGACUCCGUUGAAGCCGAAGCGCCGCGUUCAACCCAUCCGUGUUUCUCCGAUGAUUUCCGAUCCGCAGCUGAAGAAAUCCACGGACAGGGACGCGCCACGUGGUGGCGGCGGAUUUGGCGGGGAAUCUGGCGGCGGCGGAUUAGGCGGGGAAUCUGGAGGCAGCGGCGGAUUUGGCGGGGAAUCUGGCGGCGGCGCACAAAAACUUGAUGCGGGUCCUGACGUCCUUCCUGGGAGGAGCUUGUCAGAGGGUCGAGUUGUAGAAGCAGCCGCCUGUGCGGGGACGAUGGGGAAAUCGAAGUCAUCAGCAACUGUGGUGCCGACACGUGGCGGCGGGAAAUCGAACGAUGGCCUCGAGGAAGACAACAGCCCGCCAUCACCAAGCGAUGGCGGCAAGCAGGAGAGAGACGAAGAAGAAGCCACGUGUCAAUUGGAAACUCUGUCGUCGUGUCAAGUGAAAACGAAAGAGGUGGAAACGCUAUUACCUAAUGCAAAAGAGAGGGUGACACAUGUCAAGUGUGCAGUCGAGAAGGAGGAAGAUGGGGAGCAAGGAAACCCCCCACUUGCUGUGAAGGCGGGAGUGAUAUUCAUGGAGGAAGACGAGGGUGGUGGUGGUGGUGGUGUUGGGCGGGAACAGGACGGAAGGGGAAGUAAGAUGUCUCCUGUCGUUGAGCCGGCAGCAGGUGAAAUUAGGGAUAAGCAUGAGAAAAAUAAUGAUGUUGAUGAGGAUGAAGAUGAUGAUGAGGAUGAGGAUGAUGAUGAUGAUGAUGGUGGCAAUUUGGCGCCUUUGGAAAUGGAAGAUGAAGAAGAUUUGCUGGGCGAAGACGAUGACUCAGAGUCAGAGGAGGGUCAGCUUGAGGAAGCGGAUGUCGACCAGCUAUUGGUGGAGCUGGCCGAGAAGGAAAGUGAGCUGCAAGAGGCUCAGGAAGAACUGGAGGAGGAGUCCAUGGCACGUGUGCGAGAGGAAGUGCGUGCGGAGUUUUCCGAGCAGUACUCGGAUGAUGAGCUAGAGAUCGCCGUGGAAGGGGAGAUGGCUAUCUUGAAGGAGCAAUGGGAAGAGAGAAUCAGAGUGCUGGAGGACGAAUGCUCAAUUCUGCAGGAAAAGUUGGACAUAGCAAACAUCAGUCUUGAGGCAUUCUACAAGUUGCUCGAAAAAAAUACAAAAGCGGCUUGCAAAACCAGUGCUUGGAAGCAGAGGGCUCUUUGGGCAGGUGUUCCUGCAGAUGACGAGACCCGCAAAAUCUACGAGCAAGCGGAGGAGAAGCUCUGCCAUGAGAGGCCAGUCAAAAGCAAGCGAGGCCAGCUCGUGGAGACUGGUGCCAGUGGUUUCUUGGCGAAGAGGAUGGCAGCGUUGAAGGCCGGUUUGGCGGAGGAUGGAGAUAAUCCAGACUCGGAAGAGUGCAAAGGCGACGAGUCUCCCUCCGGAGCAGGGUGGUCUCUCUUGGGAUCUUCUCGCCUGAAGGACUUGGAGAGGAAAGCUGGAGCCAAAGCUGGAGGUGCGCGUGCUAGACACAUGUCACUUGCAAGAAUUUACCUUGCUGAAACGCCUGAAGAAGCUCAUCGUCUGGGGCUGGACCUGCCAGGAAGCGAACUGGUCGAGGAGAUUGAUGAAGUGGAUGACGGUGAUGCCUUCUAUGCUGCUGCCAUUGCUCAGGAAGAGAAGCAUGGUCUGACGGCAAAGCAGAAGAGAAGGAUGAGGAAGAGGAGGGAGGACGAGGAUGAGAAGAAAUCAGCACGUCUUAGAAAUAAGGUGUUUGUGUCAAGACAUCAGCGGGCUGGCACAAGGAAAAGGAAGCCGCUCGAUGUUGAAGGCAAACGGGCAAAGCUGAGAGUUUCCUUAGACGGCCCAGCCGGUGCUCAGGAACAGCAGGCUAGACUGAAUCAGGAUGCAAAUGGCGAAAGGCUUAAUGCACAGUCAGUUGAGCCUGAAGAUGUCAAGAGUCCCAUGGACAAUGGAGGAGAAGGUGAUGGAGUUGAGCACACACGGCCAAACAAUGUUUGUGUGUGGUAUGAUGAAUAUGGGGAUGUACAGUACGACUACGAUACAGAUUACGGAGCCGAUGAGCAGGGGGGUCAGGGUGAUAAUGACUUGUACCAUUGGAAUGGCCGGAGGUUUGCUUCUGCCGAAGAGAGGGUAUGGCAGAUGAACCAAGCAAAGAUGGAAGACGUCCAACGUAAGGGGAACGGGUGGGAGGAUAGCUAUAUAUCUAGAAACACACAACUAUGGGGUGAUAAUGAGAAGGGGGAAGGGGAAGGGUUACAGCCCAAUGGGGUUGAUGUGGGGUCAAAGCGAGGGUCAGAUGAGAAUGAGGAAUAUGAGGGAAGGCGAGCAAAGCGGAAGAGAGUGGUCGAUGGGAUGGAUGUCAUAGUGCUCAGUGAUGAUGAGGAUGGCCAAGAUCGCGCUCGCCAUAAACGGAAUAACCUGCCAGGAGGCGGGACAGCAACCGGACGGCCUUCAGAUGUGAAUACAGAAGAGCCAAAUAAAGGACAGGCGUAUGUGCAGCUCCGUGCUGGAUAUCAGGAUGGUGAAGCUCUUGACAAUGAGAGGAACAGAAGCGCUGGGGAUGCAGAGGGAUCCGGCGAUGGUGACGGGAAUGCAGUCAAUGGUGUGCGGAAGUGUGAACAGGCGAGCAGGGAUCACAAGAAUGGGGCUUGCCUCAAUUAUGGCCCAGAGGAGAGGAGGUUCAAUCUGCGGUCAGCGAAUGUUGGCAUUGGAGGCUAUGAGGAACCUGAUGCAGAUGAGGAUAGGGAAUCGAGGCGAAGAACAGGAAGGAAAAAGUCUGUCAAGGAUGAGGUGAAUAGUGCAGACUCCCUGGCCGGAGACGGACAUCGAGAAGGUGAGGGUGCCGAGGGAGUUGAUGGUGAAAGGAAAAGAAGGCAGAGAAGGAAGAAGAAGAAGAAGAAGGACUCCGGUGGCAGCGAUGGCGAGGACGCAGGGCGAGCUGAUGGCGAUGGAGAAGGCAACUCCCCGCUCAAGUGUGCGACAUGUGAAGUUAGCCUCAAGGUUCGGCAGAUGUACAAGCAUCCGUUGCUGUCCAUCUGUCUAUGUGCAAGAUGUAUGGCGGUUUACACGCAGCCAGAUUCUCAUCCAUGGCAGGAUGACAAAGGGGACUUGCGAUGUCGUUGGUGUGCGGCAUUUGGGCAACUGUUCCUGUGUGACCGCUGUGACCGGGCCUUUUGCUACAACUGCAUAACGCGCGCCUCUGGUGCGGAGUUUUUGAGUCACUUGAUUGAGAAUGUGGAGAACGAGGACGAGGAAGACUUUGUGUGCUAUGUUUGUGAUUCAUCCCACAUAAGCGAUCUCCAGGCCAUAUGCCUCAAGGCAGAGGAGGAAGCCAGGCAACUGCGGGCGGGCGAUGCAUUGGACUGCUCAGAUGAUGAUGACGAGGACGAUGAAGAGGAUGAAGAUGAUGAAGCGAAGGGACGGCCUAGGAGAGGAAAAUUGCGACGGAACAUCCGCAAGGUCAAAGGCGAUGACGAACUUGAUGCGCAGGCACAAAAAGCUCGCAGACUGGAAAAGGAACGGCAAGAGCGGUUGGAAAGACUACGUGGUUCUGGUGCGAGUGGGGAAGAAAACGAGCAAGCUGUUCCCAGUGGUGAAGAUGUGAAGGUGGCAGAGAAGGUCAAAGAAAAGGGUUUCAUUGUAAAUACCGCACGAGGGAAUGACGAGAAGGAGAUCCGAAUUGAUGGAGAGAUUUCACGACAUCUCCGGCCACACCAGGUUGAGGGUGUGAGGUUUAUGUGGGACAACUGUAUCGAAUCAGUUGAGGCUGUCCGCAACGGCAAUCCCGGUUUGGGAUGUAUUUUAGCUCAUAGCAUGGGCCUUGGGAAGACCCUUCAGGUGAUAGCUCUUGUGCACACUCUGCUCACCAAUGAAGAUCUACAGCUGAAGACUGUGCUGAUUGUUGUCCCCGUCAACGUCUUGCAUAACUGGUUUGCGGAAUUCAAUAAAUGGCAGUCCGAUUGCCAGAAACGUGUUGAUGUCAGCAUGCUAGAAGAUGCAGGAAGAAAUAAUAAACACCGCGCCGUGUUACUUAGUAAGUGGCAUGUGAAUGGUGGAGUAAUGCUCGUCGGGUACGCUGCAUUCCGAAACUUGUCGAUGGGGAGGAACGUCAAAGGGAAGAAGAUACGCGAUUCCAUGGUUCGGUCUCUGCAGGACCCUGGACCUGACAUGUUGAUCUGCGAUGAAGCGCACAUGAUCAAGAAUGAGAAAGCUGACAUAACACAGGCAUUGAAACUAGUUAGGAGUCGGCGGCGGAUUGCGCUCACUGGCUCUCCUCUUCAGAACAAUUUGAUGGAGUACUACUGUAUGGUGGACUUCGUGCGUGAAGGAUUCUUGGGCAAGCCAAAGGAUUUUCGAAACAGGUUCCAAAACCCAAUCACAAACGGGCAGCUCGCAGAUUCCACUCCAAAGGAUGUUCGGUUCAUGAAGCAGAGGGCACAUGUGCUUCAUAUGCAGCUAAAAGGCUUCGUACAACGGAAGGACACGAAUGUGCUCAAGGACGAGCUUCCGCCGAAAUGCGUCUUUGUCAUUGCGGUGCGGUUAUCACCUAUUCAACGCCUGCUGUACAGGAGGUACCAAGAAAGGCAUGGCCUUGGAAAUGUGGGUAAACAGGGUGAGCCUCUGGUUGAGGGCAGCACACUGAAAGCGUCGUUAUUCAACUGUUACCAUUCGCUGGCAAAGAUUUGGAACCAUCCAGACGUCUUGCUUAUGUCUAAAGAGCAAAAGGAGGCUCAACGCAGUGACGACAGUUUGGCAGACUUCUUAGAAAUGGAGUCAGAAGAGGACUCAGAUGGUGGCGAUUCAGACGAGGCAUCGCGGCGGAGGCGUAAGAGGAAAAAGCGCAAAGAUGGAAACAAGAACGGAUCUGCAAAGCCAGGCGACAAUGCAGCGGAACCAGCAGAGGUGGAUGACAUGGACUGGUGGCAAGAUUCCUACGAUGCAAGAGACAGAGGGUGUAUAUCGCAUGGAGGGAAGAUGGUUCUCUUGGUUAAUCUUCUACGGGCAUGUGAGAGGCGCAAAGACAAAGCUUUGGUUUUUAGCCAGAGCCUGCUGACGCUUGACAUGAUUGAAGGGCUUUUGGAACGGUUCCCAAGGCAAGAAGGUGGCGGCACUUGGAAGAAGGGACGCGAUUGGUACAGGCUUGAUGGGUCUACCUCUGGGCAGGCGAGGCAGAAGCUUGUGGAGAAGUUUGGUGAUCCGAACAAUACAGAUGCAAAGGUGGUUCUUAUUUCGACGAGGGCGGGCUCAUUAGGAAUCAAUCUCCCGGCGGCGAAUCGUGUUGUGCUGGUCGAUGGGUCUUGGAAUCCCACUCACGAUCUUCAAGCGAUGUUCCGAGCCUGGAGGUAUGGCCAGCAUAAACCUGUCUUUGUCUAUCGACUGUUGGCAUGCGGAACUAUGGAGGAGAAGAUCUACAACAGACAGGUUGCCAAGGAAGGGCUUGCUGCUAGAGUUGUGGAUGAGCAUCAAGUGGGGAGAUUGUUCUCCAACCAAGAUUUGGAAGAUCUGUUUGUCCUCGAUGACGAUCAAGAUGGGAUCGUGUAUCAGGAUGGUGCGGUGGACGAAAACGACUCCACGCUUGUGAAUUUGCAAGAGCAGCAGGCAUGGGGAAAUCAUGCGUCGAAUAGGAACUCGGAGGAUCAGAAAGAGCGGGAAAGCGAAGCGAAACUCCGGGGACGGGGAUUCCUAUUGAUGAGCGCGAGUGACAGCCCGUGCAACUCGCAUGAAGAGAAGAUCGCCAAGGCAAAAGUCGUACGGAAGAAAUUAGCCGCUGCAAGGGAUGCACUCAGGAAGGGUGUUGUCCCGCCGACGGCGGACUUGGAGAACAUUGGACUUCGGUUCAAUGGCGGGCGAGCGAACGUCGAUCCUCUCGGGCCCGAAGGUAAUGGGAUUUGGCCAAAGGAUGCUGGAGACGGCAAAGGCGGUCCAUGUGCUGCUGACAAGAUUCUUAGCGGACCUGGCAGUGUGAGUGGGAAGAGGGUCUUGCCUGCGUUUACCAUACCGACGGACAAACCCCCGAGGGACGACCUUCUUGGGAAGCUGCUGCUGGAACACAGACCAAGGUGGAUUGUUCGAUAUCACGAGCACGACCCAUUGCUGGAGGAUCUUGAGGAGGAGAAGCUGACAAAGGAGGAGCAGGAGAUUGCAUGGCAGGCGUACCAGAAUGACCUGAAGCCUGCGGUACAGGCCCUGCCGGCAGUGAUGCCCCCUGCUAUACAACCAACCAGUACGCAGUAUGCAUUUACAGCGGCAAACCUCCCAUCUAGUGCGACCUUCUCUCCCACAAGCCCUAUAGGGGACGGGAUAAGGGGAGGUGGAGCAUGCGGUAUUCCAAUAUCCCCCGGGGGUGUGCACGGUAAUGGGGCGCCACCGCAGCAGCAGGCAAGGCCUCGAUUCAGCAAAGGCGUGGUUGACGCGGCGGCCGUGUCUGGACGCAGUGACGAAGUCUUAAGAGCUGUGAUGGAAGACUACUGUGGGAGAAUGAAAGAUUCCAUCCGUCCGCCGCGUGCAGAUGUGCCGCCUUACCCAUCGAUGAUUCCCGCCCAGCCGCUCGAAUCAUGCAGCGCGGAAGUUCACCAGCAGAUGUUGCUUCAGGAGAACCUUCCAGAGGGUAAUGGCUUCACUUGUAAGAGGUGCUUUCGACCCGUAACCCCGUCUCCGUGAGCCAUGAUGUUGUUGGUACCUUUUCUACGCAUCUAUCCUCUCUCUACUUGAGGCAGGCUUUGUACUGUUGUGAUGACUUGGCCUUAUUGAACGUUCGUCGUGGUCUUGUUUGCGUAGUCUGUGGAGUAGAGUUAAGGAAGCCGGGCCCGGUUUGUCCCGCCUCACUGCUUCCCGCUUCCCGCGUUCCUGUCUCGUCCGGAUUCAUUACGAAUAGCGAGUUCAGAAAGUCGAAUAGCAAGUCCAGAAAGCUGACCGGCGAUCCAUCUCGCAGGCUAAGUACGCGGACGUGGUAACGAGGUCCUAUUUUGUGUCUGAUUUGUGAAGGUUUAUGCGACUUUACGGUUGGUCGUCUCAAGGAAGGCGGGCCCUCUUUGCCCCGCCUUAGCGCUUCCCGCUUUCCUGUCUCGUCCAGAUUCGUUACGAAUAGCAAGUUCAGAAGGUUGACCGGGGAUCCCUCUGGCGGGCUAAGCACAUGGACCUGGUAAUGAGGUCCUAUUUUGUGUCUGAUUUGUGAAGGUUUAUGCGACUUUACGGUCUCGGUCGUCUUAGUUCAAAGAGUCAGGAGACCGAAUCAUGACUUGUAGCAGUCUGGCCGGGUCCAAAGUUGGGCGGAAAUUCUGAAUCCAUUGCAGUGCUUCCAGUGAAGAGAGGACGUUUCACAGUGCUGGUGGUAAAAGGAUCCCAAAAUUUGAACCCAUGUAAUGAAGAGCGGACCUUUGUCCACGUCCACGCGGCAUGUGAUGCCAAACCCAUGUAACGAAGAGCGGACCUGUGUCCACGUCCACGCGGCGUGUGAUGUCUCGAGUUCACCAUGUGGAUGGCAAAGCACGUAGAGGUCUUCUAGGAAUCAUCCACUCUGAGAGGACGCACGCGCGUGUCAGGAAGUAAGAAGAUUGUGGGAGACAGCAGCAGGACUGGCGACAGGAGGCCAGGGCGGUUAGGAGGGAGAGGAAGGAGCUUUCUCCCUCAGCAUUGUGUGGAAAAAAAAUGGUUAAUCUCUUGUCGGGUAGGGUGAGGCUUGGGAGUUGUGCACAAAGUAAAGCUCGUCGCUCGUCAGAGAUUCGUCAGAACCUGUAUCUCACCAGCCGUUUGUACCGUUGACAUCACACCCUGGGUUUGUGAAGGAAUGGCUGUGAGUCUGUGACACGCCCCUUCCCUCCUCUACCCCCUCCAACCCGAGAUUCCUCCAGUUGUGAGGGAAGCAUGGCUAGAAGCCAUGAAUCGGGAGGAGGCGGGGGGGGGAUGAUCCAUGCUUGCAGUGUCAUCUUCGGACCACAAGCGGAACGACUGCAGAUGUUAAAAAAGGUAAACCAAUGGAUGUGACCAGCGAUACACCGAAAAAGUUGGUUGUUGGGCGGGAGUUCUUUCCACGUGCUGGCGAGUGGUUGGUUGAAUAGAGUGGAAAGCUGGAGACACACUUCAGCAAUCUAGCUGUCAAAUGUUGCGGAUGCAGCUUUCAGUCGUCAAACGGAGCUGGUUUGGCAGAUUGAGAGAGACGACUCAGACGAGGUUUGUCUGUUAACAGACGAGUUCUGUCUGUUAGACGGACAAGUCAAUUUCUUUUCCUGUGUGUGUGUGUGUGUGUGUGUGUGUGUGUGUGUGUGUGUGUGUGUGUGUGUGUGUGUGUGUGUGUGCCAGAGCAUAAAACACUCAUGGUGGUUUGAGGGGAUGCCUGGUACACAUGUAUAUAUAUGCAUAUAUAUGUAUAUAUGUACGAAGGUCAUGAUGUUUGUCUCUCUCUGGGUUGUGUGUGUGUGUGUGUGUGUGUGUGUGUGUGUGUGUGUGUACGAGGAUGAAUGCAUGAGGAUUUGCCUUGUCUCCCUCAGCCAAUGAUUGAUUUAUUUGUCAGAAACAUCAUAGGAGAUUUUCAGGGAAGUUACCUUGACUCUGCAGUUUGAUCGAACGCAACAAUUAAAAUUUAGAACAUAGUGAAAGGCUUCAUGUCCUUAUCACCCCCCGUCUUAUCACGCAAUUGGUUUCACUUGCUGGCUGCUGCCUUGGAGCGUACUCAAACCCAGGCUAGGCUUUUCUGUGAAUGCACCUAGUUACCAGGAUCAGGACUACAUUCAUUCAGUCAGGGUGUCUCUUGUGUGUGGCUUAGGCUAUUCUGUGAAUCAGGACUACAUCCAUUCAGUUAAGGUGUCUCUUAUGCUAUUUGGGCAGAGUGGGGGUGUGCAGGGAAAGGCAAAUUUCCGUCCCAUCUUCGUGUUGAUUCCAGAUCCUGCUGCUACGAUCUGGGGCCCCGCAGUGGAGCAUCCAACGGUCGAGUAAAAGCGACAGGAGCAA